GUUGGAAGGGAGAAUCUUUUAACGCGGCUAGUUGACUCAUACGCCUUGAUUGAAGGCAAAACAGGGAUACAAGUACUUCAUCACCAUCAUCCAUACAUUCAUCAUCCUUUUCAGUUUUCAUCACUACUUCGAUUCUAUUUAUUUCUACUUAAUAUACCAAUGCAUAUGCCAUAAACAAGAUCUUGAAAUAGGGUUUUACUUUUCCUCCAUAAUCAUCUGUUGAUUUACCAUUUUGGUUUUGGUUGCGUUUUUAUUACAUUUUUUAUUUUGAUUUCCCAGAAUUCCGGCGUUAGUUUUGGUUUUUAACAGAGAAUUAUGGGGCCGAUGGUGUUACGGACACCACCUGUAAAGUGCUAUUCCAAAAAUUCGUCUCCGGUGGCAUUGCCGCCGGGCUCCUUCUCAUCUGGUGGUGGUGGUGGUGGUUUGGAUUAUAUUGAGCAUACUGUCUCCAAAUUUGAUACGCUUGUUGGUGUCGCAAUAAAGUAUGGUGUCGAGGUGGUUGAUAUUAAGAGGAUGAAUGGCUUGAUAGCAGAUCAACAAAUGUUUGCUUCAAAGUCUCUUAAGAUACCUUUACGAGGGAAACAUUCACCAUCCCCAAUAAUGUCAAACAGAUCAACCAAACAUGUGGUGAUAUGUGACAGUGAUACACAUUCUGAUUUGUUUGAUUCAAUCAAGUCGUUGAAGUUAUCAGCUUAUUGUCAACUUGACAACUCACUAUGCAUGAACAAUUUCCGAAUCUAUUAUGGAAGUAAGCCAAAUGAUGGGAAUGACAUUAGUGAAAGCUUGGAAAUGUCCGUUUAUCGUAAAGAAAGUAGCUACUAUUUCGAAAAUGAACACAAAACAUCCCAAACUUCCAAUUCCUUUGUGGGUGUUCAUCAAAAGACUAAAAUUGUAGUUGAUGCGGUGUUGGAGACGGAUGAUAUGUCGAUCACAAGUUCAAAAAAUGAUGGUUUUGAUAAAUAUUUUGAGAAGUUAGUAAGGAGGCGUAACGGAAAAAUUACAAUUCACUAAUACAUAUAAUAGAUCAUAUGAUAGACAUAGGAAAUGUAAAUCGUAAUGUGUCUGAACUUUGAAUUUUAAAUCUGAAAUUAUAAGACUCAGAGUACAUUUUCAAUUGGUAAA